CACCCCCCGCGCCCGCCCUCCCCCUCCGGAGCGCCCGGGCUGGUGUGCCAGGCAAGGAUGAGCAAACAGAGCCAGCCGGAGCGCAGAGUGUCGGCGGUGGCUCCCUUGCAGGACGGCUCCGGCCAGCCGGCCCACAAGAAGGACGUGGAGCUGAUCCUGGUGAAGGAGCAGAAUGGAGUGCAAUACACCAGCAGCAGCCUCCUGCCUGCCCCCGCCAGCCUGCACUACCGCGCCGGGGGGCAGCCCGACAGGGAGACCUGGGGCAAGAAGAUCGAUUUCCUGCUCUCGGUCAUUGGGUUUGCUGUGGAUCUGGCCAAUGUCUGGAGAUUUCCCUACCUCUGCUACAAAAAUGGAGGGGGUGCCUUUCUUAUCCCCUACAUCCUCUUCCUAAUCAUUGCUGGAAUGCCCUUGUUUUACAUGGAGUUAGCACUGGGACAGUACAACCGGGAAGGAGCUGCUACAGUGUGGAAAAUCUGUCCAGUUUUCAAAGGUGUAGGCUAUGCAGUGAUACUCAUAGCUCUUUACGUGGGUUUCUACUACAACGUUAUCAUAGCUUGGUCUCUGUAUUAUCUGUUUUCAUCAUUCACAUUUGAGCUUCCCUGGACAAACUGCGGCAACAGCUGGAAUAGCCCAAACUGUACAGAUCCCAAACUCUUCAAUGCCUCAGUGCUUGGCAAUGGCACCAAGUACUCCAAGUACAAACUCACCCCUGCUGCUGAAUUUUAUGAACGCGGUGUACUGCAUCUACAUGAAAGCAGUGGAAUCCAUGACCUUGGCUCACCCCGAUGGCAGCUCUCACUAUGCCUCUUGGUGGUAGUAAUUAUUCUUUUCUUUAGUCUGUGGAAAGGAGUGAAGACUUCAGGAAAGGUUGUGUGGAUCACAGCCACUUUGCCUUACGUUGUAUUAUUUGUAUUGUUAAUCCAUGGAAUCACAUUGCCUGGUGCAUACAAUGGAAUAAAUGCUUACCUUCACAUAGAUUUCAGAAGGUUAAAAGAAGCCACGGUAUGGAUUGAUGCAGCCACUCAGAUAUUUUACUCUUUAGGAGCGGGUUUUGGAGUUUUAAUUGCAUUUGCUAGUUACAAUAAGUUCGACAACAACUGUUAUAGGGAUGCUUUGCUGACCAGCACAAUCAACUGUGUCACAAGUUUCAUCUCAGGAUUUGCAAUUUUCUCUAUACUGGGCUACAUGGCUCAUGAGCACAAAGUAAAAAUUGAAGAUGUAGCCACUGAAGGUGCUGGAUUAGUUUUCAUUCUUUACCCAGAAGCUAUUUCAACCCUUUCAGGAUCAACAUUUUGGGCAGUGGUGUUCUUCAUAAUGCUUCUCACACUGGGCAUUGACAGUUCUAUGGGUGGAAUGGAAGCUGUCAUCACUGGCUUAGCAGAUGAUUUCCAAAUACUGAAGCGGCAUAGAAAGCUUUUCACAUUUGGUGUCUCCUUUGGCACUCUCCUGGUGGCUCUUUUUUGUAUCACCAAUGGUGGAAUUUAUGUGCUCACACUACUGGACACAUUUGCAGCGGGGACUUCAAUCUUGUUUGCUGUUUUAAUGGAGGCAAUUGGAGUGUCCUGGUUUUAUGGUGUGGACAGAUUCAGUGACGACAUACAACAAAUGAUGGGUUUCAAACCGGGCCUCUAUUGGAGACUGUGUUGGAAAUUUGUUAGCCCAGCUUUUUUAUUGUUCGUGGUAAUAGUCAGUAUUAUAAACUUCAAACCUCUGACCUACGAUGACUACACGUUCCCUCUCUGGGCAAAUCGCAUUGGCUGGGGGAUAGCAUUAUCUUCAAUGAUCCUGGUGCCUGCCUACAUUAUCUAUAAAUUUCUAAGCGUGCGUGGGACCUUUAAAGAAAGGCUAGCUUACUGCAUCACACCUGAGAACGAACACCAUCUUGUGGCACAAGGGAACGUGAGGCAGUUUAAGCUUCAGCACUGGCUAGCAAUCUGACUACUGACUGACUGAGGAAAAAGCCAAUGCAUUAAACGAAACUAGGGGUAAAUGAAAAGUCAAGUUCAAAGCUCUCCUGAUUGUGCUUGGACCAGUCUGGCUUAGAGUCAUCUACUGAUUCCUUUGAGGGAAAGCAGCUUCUGCUCUCUGUUUCCCAUGCCUCCUUUCUCUUACUUGGUUUCACAUGAACUUACAGGCUGGUUCUCCAUUUCCUUAGACCUUUCAGUGCCAUGAGAUCUAUACUUGACCAAAUUUGUGAACUUAGACAGAAAUAGAAGUGGAGAAGGGAGCAGAAAAAUGAGCAUUAAUUAAAGAAACUCUUGUCUUGGAGAAAUAAAUAAAUAACCGAGUUCCUUUAAAUAUUCCUGCCAUAGCCUUGUUUAGACCAACUAUAUACAUGGAGGUGGAUGCAUCUCAGUUAUGAGACAAGAGUGACUUUAAGUGCACAAUCAUGUCAUUUGCUUUCUUUCAAUACUAUCCUUUUGGAUAUAAUUUUGCAUCCAUCUGAAGUGAAGAAUCAGUGCUUCACUUUCAGUGGUUUGUUAUUAGUCUCUUCUCUUAGUGAAGAAGGUUGUCUUUACUGUAUAUGUGUGUGGCAUUUUCCGUGCAGUUGAACUAUACAUACUGAAAAGUAACAGGUAUGGAAUUAAAUUCCUAUUGUUAUGGUUACUGAGUGCAGAAAAUACAGGUUGAACUUCUCUAGUCUGGUACUCUCGGGUCAAGCAACAUCUGUGGUCUGACCUGAUUUGCCAAUGUCCGCUUAUCAUGGGUGUGGCCAAGUUUCCCUUGGUCCCAUAGAGUUUGUUUAUAGCCACCAGUCCUGGCUCUCACUGUUUUGUGCUGUUAUUUAGCUCUAAUUUAUCCCUAAAUGUCUUCUGAGAUCUCAGUAAGCAGUGGAAAUGUUGGUUUUUCAGUUAAACAAUAUGGUCCUCCCGUGGUUCGGCAAAUUCUCAAGUUCAGCAUAGGUCAGGUCCCCAGGGUCCCGGACUAGAGAUCUUCAAUCCGUAGUUUUAACAACAGAGUUUACUUUUACAGUUCAAGCAUAUUCCCAUAUGCCAACUAUUAAAAUGGCUUUAUCAGAUGAUCCAUAUUCUAUAGAUUCUGAAUUAAGCGCCAAAAAUAUUUACUUGUCAGAUUUUCCUUCUACAUUCUGUUAUAUUGUGUGAUAAAGAAUGUAUAGUAUAUAUAAAUAUAUCGGAACAGAGACCAUGAUUUUUAGAAUAAGCCACUCUAUCUAAUGGCACCAAAAUGUCAAAUGUGGCUAUGUGAGAGUGCAUUAUUUAUAAUAAAUGUCCUCUUCCAAAUGUUCAACUUCCAAAAUGUUGUCAGAUUGCGUAAAACAUCUUGGAUGGAGGGGUCUUCUAGGCAUAACUCUAUUAUCUAGGCAUACUCCCUCGCUUGUCUGUUUCAAGUAGUUUUAUGCAAGCUAGAAAAUACAGAGCAAACUUAGUAUGAUUGGGUGCUGUUUUGAAUGGUCAAUGUUUUAAAGUUAUAUCUUCCCGGUGAUCACUAGGGGUAUGUCUAGACUGCACCCUUCUGCCGGCAGAGGGAUGCAGAUUAGGCAGGUUGAAAUUGCUUAUCGAGUGGGGAUUUAAAU